UCCAAUCGUUAAAUUAGUUAAGAGGUUUUGCUUCAUCCUCUUAUCCUCCUUCAGUACCAUACAACAAUAUCGCCUGGAAUUCGUUCCUAACUCAGUGACUGACUCAGUUGGCUAUGGCAUUAUUAAGCCCUCAAUUAGAGAGGUUCUUAUUAACAAAGCUUCAUCAUGGCAUCCACUCUAACUUGAAAUCCUCCACCAAGAACAAUAACUUUAUUCCUGCCAAAACCAAAACCCAAUGCUCGGCUAUUGCAAUAGAUGCGCCGUCUUCCUUGACGGAUGUUGCUGGGAUUCGGUGGGGGUCUGCAAGCUUGCAGGGCCUACGUGAAGAGAUGGAAGAUUAUAUCAUCAUUAAAUCAGACGGCCUUGAUGGAUUCUCUUUUGCUGGUGUUUUUGAUGGCCAUGGUGGUAACUCUUCUGCCAAGUUCCUCAGGGAUGAAUUGUACAAGGAGUGUAUUGCAACUUUACAAGACGGUUUGCUAUUGAGUGGAAAAGAUUUCAAUGCCACCAUAAAAGCAUUAAAGGAGGCUUUUGAAAAAGUUGAUACCAAAUUGCUAAAUUGGCUUGAAACAAUUGGUGAAGAAGAUGAAUCUGGUUCGACAGCCACUGUCAUGUUCAUUGGAAACAAUAUGCUAAUCAUUUCACAUAUUGGUGACUCAUGUGUGGUCCUUUCUCGUUCUGGAAAAUCAGAAGUGUUGACUGAUUCUCAUCGACCUUAUGGAAGCAAUAAGGCCUCUCUGCAAGAGAUCAGAAGAAUUAGAGAAGCAGGUGGAUGGAUUGUUAAUGGAAGAAUCUGUGGAGAUAUAGCUGUAUCAAGAGCUUUUGGUGAUAUCAGGUUCAAGACGAAGAAAAAUGAGAUGGUGCAGAAAGGAGUCGAGGAAGGGCGAUGGUCUGAAAAAUUCAGUUCCCGAGUACGAUUCAAUGGGGACCUAGUUAUUGCAUCUCCAGAUGUUUUUCAAGUACCUUUGGAAUCAGAUGCUGAAUUUAUAAUGUUAGCUUCUGAUGGUUUAUGGGAUUACAUGAGCAGCUCAGAUGCAGUUAGUUUUGUUAGGAACCAACUACGGAAACACGGAGAUGUUCAGCUAGCUUGUGAAGAACUUGCACGAACAGCUUUGGAUCUACGUUCACAAGAUAAUGUCAGCAUUAUCAUCGCUGAUUUAGGUCAAACAGAUUGGCAAAAUUUGCCACUCCAGCAAGAGAAUGUAUUGUACGAGUUCGGUCAAGCUUUUGCCACCGUUGGUGUUGUCUCACUUGGAAUAUGGAUAUUUUCUCAGCUUUCUCUGUAGAUAGAUUUGAUAGCUUCUUGAAAUGUAUAUAAAUCGGUUUAUAGAUAAUAUACUGUUCAGAUAAACAUGUAUAUGUCUCACAUUUUCAUGCUCUGUGGUUUAGAAAAUAAAUGAGGACUUGCAUGGAAAGAAUGGUAAAAACAAGGUGUUUCAUUCUUUUA